GACACAGUAGAGUAUCGAAAAAAGAUUCGUCUCCUAAAAGUACGUAUGCUGGAUGGCUCAGUAAAAACGAUUCCAGUGGAUGAGAGUCAACCAGUCGGACAGCUAAUGGUUGGCGUUUGCACGAAAAUUGGUAUCUCCAACUACGAAGAGUACAGUUUGGUCCGAGCAACCGAACCAGAUUCACGAGGAUCCAUGAUGAAUCUAAAAGAUGACCGAUCUCGUGUCAUCGAUGGAGAAAAAGGAAAAGGAAUGAUGGGCACCCUUGGCAGGAAAAAAGAACAAAAACUCGAACAACUCCGCUCUCAAAGCACAUAUCUGCAAAGAGAAUGA